UUAUCCAAAGGGGAGCUCAGUUCAUGGCCCUCACUCUCAGCUCUCAAUUCCCAGACAUAGAAGGAUAUCUAUCAACCAUAACUCUCUUCUUCGUUAACAAUGGCGGGAAUGGCAACCUCCUUUCAUUUCUCAUCGGCUUCUUCAAUCCUCACCCGUCGUCCAUCGCAACUCUCAUCACUUUCUCUCUCUUCCAACCUCUCCGUACUUCCAAUGCCGAGUUUGCGUCGCUCUCAUCGAUUUCGGCACCCAACAUUUCCCAGAAUUAUGGCUUUGUCUAGUAACGAUAUCAAGGUGGGCACUGAACUAGAAAUCGACGGAGCUCCUUGGCGAGUUUUAGAGUUUCUUCAUGUGAAACCUGGUAAGGGUGCUGCAUUUGUGAGGACCAAAAUGCGUAAUUUCAUAACAGGGAACACAAUCGAGAAAACUUUUCGAGCUGGCGUUUCGAUUGAUGAGGCAGAAGUGUUUAAGGAAACCAAACAGUUCACGUACAAAGAUGGUUCACAGUUUGUCUUCAUGGACCUGACCACAUAUGAAGAAAUUCGUCUCAAUGAUGCUGAUGUUGGGGAUAGAACAAAGUGGUUGAAAGAAGGAAUGGAUUGCAAUCUGCUAAUUUGGAAAGGAAAGGUUAUUGGCCUUGAACUUCCUGUCACAGUGCAGUUGAAAGUGGAGCAAGUUGAUCCAGGACUCAAAGGUGACACAGCUCAAGGUGGAACAAAGCCAGCAACUCUUGAAACCGGAGCAGUUGUUAAUGUCCCAUUAUUCAUAAAUACAAGUGACACAGUAAUAGUGGAUACAAGAACCGGACAAUACACGAGUCGUGCAUGAGCUAUAGCUUGUAGAUUACCUACCAUUGGACAUUUUUUUUGGCCUUUUGUUUACCAUAAGAGAGUUCUAUUCUUUCUUCAUUGUAUGAGAAAUGUACACAAGGUUAGCUUGACAUUUGUAAACCUGAACCUUUGUUGUAAACUACUUGGUUCAUUUGAGAAUAGCUCAAUACAUUUUUGUAGCUAAUCAAUGGCAGUAGAAAGAAAGUGACUCUGAUUUUUGGUCA